AUGUCCGCGCUCGCGUCUACGCUGUUCGUCAUUGCUUGCCUCGUACCUGACUGCGGAGGGAGCGGAGCACAUGGCGGGGAAAACGACUUCGUGAUCAGCUUUCCGAGCCUCGAGGAGGAGCAAGCUCAGAGUCAUGCGUUGCAACAAACCUGGAGCGAGCCGGCAGUUUUCCACCCACCAGUUGUGCAGACGGUCACUGAACGGCAACACUCGGCGCCAGGCACCACAGAAGAGAGCGAGGCGGGCAAUCAGUUUGAGACCCCCGAACCAGAAGAAAUCCCUUUGAGUGAGGAAGGUAGGGUUCUUGAGAGUGAGCCAACUCUGCAGACCACCACUUUAGAGGGAGAAACGGAUGACUCGGCGGAGAAUCUGGAUGUCCCGCCCGAGGAGGAGGCUGCAGAGAAGCUGUAUGAAGACCCCGACAGCCCUGAGGAGGAGCCCGCCAAACUCGCUGAGAACCUCGAGCCGUUCCAGGAUCUGCCAGAAACUGUCGACGAGCUCACUGAAGCCCUGGAGAAUCCCGAGGACCUCAUCACAGCUCUCAAACUCUCCGAUCAGUUCAACGAGGCCCCAUACGAACCGGAGGAGUUCAAUGAAGUAUCGAAGGGCGCCGAGGUCUUCAACCAAGUGCCGGUGGAGGCCGAUGAUUUCGCUGAUCUUCUGAAGCAACUCGCGCUGGAUGGCGACGAAGUCGACCCUUUCUCCGCAGAAUACGGUCCGUAUUCGGCGGAUGUCGCGGGGACGCAGCCCGAAGCGGACGAAAGAGUCGAGGAGGCCACGCAGACGAGACCAGAGGCUUCGCCUGCGGACUUCGAGGCUCCAGCGGACGAGACCGACACUACUGACUUGGAGGGCGAUGGGAUGUACCCCCUGUUCAGAGACUACCCCGAGGAAGCGGAGGCCGUGAAGCACCAGGAAGUGGUCGGGUCUGCUUUGCGGGAAGUCGACGACUACGCGAAGGCCUUCCUGAAUGAGGCCCCCGCUGACCUCCUCGAGGCGCUUGAAGUUGGAGCACAGGCAGAGAGGGACGAGAAGAGACACGCUGAAGAAGUGCUGGGACCAGAAGGAGGAGGCGACCACGCGGACGACCACGGCGAUGCAGGAAACUCCAGCAGUGCGGACGCCGACCGCGAGGAGCCGAAGGACGUCCGGACCACAGCAGGUGUCGAACAAGUCGCAACCGCAGAAGGCGGGGAGACUGACGGUGACGUCACGGUUGUGCGCGUGCCCGAGGGAGCGCUGGAGCAUCAGGACUCCGAAGACCGCCUCGUCGCGGAUGACAGCACGUCGUGGGCAGGCAACUUGGAAGACGCCCUGCGUUUCUUGGCGCAUAUUUCGAGAACCCAUGAGUUCCUGGCGGCCUCAGGGAGCCCCGCGUCGUACGACCUGGAAGACAGAGGUCCUCGUGAAGAAGACAGGGACCGCUCCGGGGCAUUCGAGGACGAAGGCUCUCCCGAGUAUGACAGGGAAGAGCCUAUCGACAGUUUCCAAGCACAAGGCCUCCGCAGCGAAGUCUCUCGUGGAAGCAAACAGGCUCAAAACGCAGAGGGGAUGGGGAGCGGGUGGUCGAUUGCGGAGGAGGCGUACGAGCCCACGACGGCCGCGGUCACCCGAGAGGGCGGCAGAUACAUGGCGCCCCGUAGUGUGCCUGCAAGUGAGACGACGAUGAGAGGCCAGAGCGGCUCCGCCCCGGCGGAAGACGGCGAGAGCUCGUCUCCACAGGUGCAGCGCCGCUCCCUCGUGUCGAAGAGAAGGACCGCGAGAAAGGUCGUCGCUCUCCUUGCGGCCGCUCUCAGCGUCGUCGCUGGCGCCGCCGGCUACUACUACGCCAAGGCAAGAAGAAGAAAUGACUGA